CAGCAGGCCAGCCCCGAAGGUUACGAGCAACCUCCAGCGCAAACCUCACAAGUUAUGACUGCCGACCACCCAGCAAAACCAUUCUCGCGCCGCUUUCAUUUGGCGAUGGACGAAACACCAGCGUCAGUCAACGCUCUCAAAUAUUGUUUUUCAAACCUGCUCCAGGACGGGGAUUUCUUGGAUGUUAUCACUGCAGUUUUGGACCCAGUAGAUCAGAACGCUGUGAAUCAGCAAAAUGUGCAAUGUCAAGAUGAUGGACGAUCGCAUCUUUACCGAGACCAUCCGAUUGUUAAGCGAAUGCAGACGUUGAUCAAUGUCAUUCGGGAGGGGUAUCCAAACAAGCACAUUACAGUAUCCUUACACGCCGUGUGUGGUGAACCAGGGCAUGUCAUUGUUGAGCAGGCAGAGAAGCAAUUUGCAAGUACCUUAGUGCUAGGUACAACUCCUAGAUCCCAUUACCUAAUGCCAACUGGGAUGAGUCUUGCCACUGCCAUGUGCUAUGGCACUGUGUCUGGGUACGUUGUCGAACAUCUACCGCCUGAAAUUAACGUAGUACUAGUGAGAUAUGUAGAACCAAAGCGAGAUGACUUGGAAAGUGGUGACCAGUAGGCGAUCUUGUUUUAGUAUAGUAUAUUCUAGUUGUUUGUAAUAAUAUGUAUCAUAUCGCACAUUACGAG